AACCUCAUAAUCAUUGCUCAUAAUCACAACAUAAAUAUGUGGAAAUCUUUUGAAAUCAAGGGAAAAAACUUCAUUUUCAAAGUUAAAUCGGAAGAAAAUUCCCUUACAGUGACAUUGAGUGAUUUAAAAUGUAUCUGGAGCGAAAAGAUCACUUCAAGUGAUAUCCUAUCCCGAUUCAAAGAGAUGAAUCCAUUAUUCGAGAGCAACGAGAAUAUAAAAGAUACAGUUACUUCAAUGAUAAGCAAUAUUGAUAAUGCUUUAGAAGUAAAUACUGAAUCAGAAGAUGAUACGUUGAUCCUUAGAGUUAAAACACAAUUGGAAAAGAAAUAUAUGAUUGGCUUUAGGUUUAUUUUGACCAAGCUUCCAGGAGAAGAUUUUUUCAGCAAAAUCACAUUGCCAAUGGUACAAACUAUUUUAAAUCUGGAACAAGCACAAUGUGACCUUCACAAUAUACUUGAAAAAAAAGAUCGGGAGCUUCAAGAAUACAAACUUGAGAAAGGAGAAAUCUCAAGAGAGGAUUUGAAAACCAAACCCUUCAUAUCUAAUGUAAGAAAUGAGAAGAGUGAUGGUUUGAUGCUGAAUUUAUUCAAAAAGAACUUUCUUCCUGAAGAUGCCUAUGUUGAUGCAAAUUGUCAACCUGAAUCUGAUUUCAAAAAAAUUAUGGUUAACGAUGUGAAGAAAAUGGGGCCUUUGAAGAGAAAAAUAUAUUCAGCUAAAAACUGCAGCAAGAAACACCUCACGAAACCAUUUUAAUAUCAUUGUUUUAUAGGAAUGAUUUUUUUAUAUUAAACAGUUGUUUUUCCUCA